AUGGCGCCCCGGGCCUCGCGCGCCGCCUCGUCAUCCAAGACGGCGGCAGUAUCACCAGCACCACCAGCACCAGCACCAGCAGCGCCUGCACCACCACCACCGUCGGCCUCAAAGCCAAAGAGGAAGCGCGAGUCCAACCCAAAGGCGACGGCAGCAGCAGCACCGACACCAGCGCCAGCGCCAUCAGCAUCUGCCUCUUCUUCCACAAAGUCAAAGCAGCAGCAGCAGCAGCAGCACGGCCACGACCACCUCCACCUCGACUCGGACGACGAGCAGAUCCAGCUCGAGGACGAAGACGAAGACGGCGCCGCGCAGCUCGAUGGCCAAGACGGCGACGAAUCGGACCACGAAGAGGCCGAAGAGUUCCCCGAGAUCGACCUCGAGCACAGCGACGAUGACGACGACGAACAACGGCCCCAGCAGCUCACCGCACGCAUCACCGAGCUCGCAGACGACAAUGCAGAUGAGGAUGACGAUGAAGACGACGAGUCCGUCGAGCUAGAGGACAGCCAGGCAGAGGAGGAUGACGACGACGACGACGACGACGACGACGACGACGAGGCCUACAACUCGAGCGACAUCGACAACUGGGACUCGGACGAGGAAGACGCGCGCGCCGACGAGUUCCUCGCCCGCGACUCGGCCUCGCAGACGUCGAUCGACGACGAGCUCAACAAGAUGGUCAAGCGCGCAACCGUCAAGCCGGACGAGUCCGGCGUCCAGUACAACCGCCUCGGCAUCGACGUACGCCACGCCGCAAAGCCCUUUGGCGACGACCGCAACCCGGACGGCUCGGCAAAGGCCCAGUUCAAGCGCUCGGCCAUCACGGGCGAGAUGAAGCGCGUCUACCCAGAGAUCGAGCCCGAGUACGACAGCGACUCGAGCACCGAGGACGCGCCCAACCGCAUCGGCAACGUGCCCCUCGAGUGGUACGACGACCUGCCCCACAUUGGCUACGACGUCAACGGCCGCAAGGUCAUGAAGCCCGCCACAAAGGACGAGCUGGACAAGUUCCUCGCCACCGUCGACGGCGACGGCGACGCCUGGCUCUCGGCGCGCGACGAGACCACGGGCAAGGACGUCCGCCUCACCGACGAGGAGCUCGACAUCAUCCGCCGCCUCCAGAACGCCGAGAUCCCCGACGACGCCUACGACCCCUACGAGGACCAGGUCGAGUGGUUCACCGGCGAGGGCAAGGAGAUGGUCAUGCCCCUUUCGGGCCGCCCGGAGCCCAAGCGCCGCUUUGUGCCGUCCAAGUGGGAGCACAAAAAGGUUAUGAAGAUUGUGCGCGCCAUCCGCAGCGGCCGCAUCGUGCCCCAGGCGCCCAAGGCCACCAAGCCCCGCUUCUACAACAUCUGGUCCGACGCCGACGAGGCGCGCGCCGACCACCCGAUGCACAUGCCGGCGCCCAAGCUGCCGCUGCCCGGCCACGAGGAGUCGUACAACCCGCCGGCAGAGUACCUCUUCAACGACGACGAGCGCCGCGAGUGGGAGCAGGCCGACCCCGAGGACCGCAAGCUCAACUACCUGCCCGCCAAGCACGCCGCGCUGCGCCUCGUGCCCGGCUACGACAACUUUGUGCGCGAGCGCCUCGACCGGUGCCUCGACCUCUACAUGGCGCCGCGCAUGAUGCGCAAGCGCAUCGACCUGACCGACCCCGAGUCGCUCGUGCCCAAGCUGCCGUCGCCGAGGGAGCUGCGGCCCUUCCCGACGUCGAUUGCGUGGCACGCCAAGGGCGACUACUUCGCCACCGUCUGCCCGGACGCCAACGCCGGCUCGACGGCGGUGCUGAUCCACCAGCUGACCAAGCACCGGUCUCAGGCGCCGUUCAAGCGGGCGGCGCGCGGCUCGGCGGUGCAAAAGGUGCUCUUCCAUCCGUCCAAGCCGCUGCUGUUUGUGGCGACGCAGCGCUACGUGCGCGUCUACGACCUCAUGGCGCAGGGCUUGGUCAAGACGCUGCUGACGGGCUUCAAGUGGAUCUCGUCGCUCGACAUCCACGCCGGCGGCGACAACCUCAUUGUCGGGUCGUACGACAAAAAGGUGGCCUGGUUCGACCUGGACCUCUCGACGCGGCCGUACAAGACGAUGCGCUACCACACGCGCGCCAUCCGCUCCGUCGCCUUUCACCGGCGCUACCCGCUCUUUGCCAGCGCCAGCGACGACGGCACCAUCCAGAUCUUCCACGGCACCGUCUACGCCGAGUUUGACCGAAACGCCCUCAUUGUGCCGCUCAAGGUGCUUCGCGGCGGCCACGCCGUGUCCAACGGCCUCGGCGUGCUGGACAGCAGGUGGCACCCCACCAUGCCCUGGCUCGUCACGGCCGGCGCGGAUGGCCAGGCGCGCCUCUGGACGCCGUAG